CCUCCCUUUUCUCCCUCUUUCACCAGUCCCAAAUCUCUCCUUUUUAAAUCCCCUUUCCCUAAGCUAUCUCCAUUUAUGUCUCCUUUGACAAUCAAAGCAAUCUAUCAUUGAAUCCUGUAAAAGAAAGUUUAAGAUGAAGUUGCUAGGUUGGAUGCACCGUAAACUACGGCAGAAUAGCAUUGAGCCGUUCAAAGAAUUCACAACUGGGAACUUCUGUUCUUGCCUCUCAACUCAGCCAUCACUUUAUGAACAAGAAUGCUACACAAAGCCAACCUUCAGCUCUGUAAACUCAAGACAAUCCCAAGGGGGAUAUCAAAAAUCUUCUAGUGAACUCAAAACCAAGAGCCGUCGAAGAGGUUUAUGAAGAAAAGUCAUCCAUCACAAUCAGCAUGCCCUUUGAUGGCUUUCUCAUGAUUGGAACCCUUGGAUCAGAACCAAUCAUUACAGAGCCCCCAACACCAACGUUUCCCAUGCCUGUUGAGAAAAUAACUGAGAAAGAAACAGAGGUAACAGAGAAUGAAUUGAAGCUUAUCAAUGAUGAGCUGGAGAAGUUCCUUGAGGCUGAAGCUAAAGAGGUAGGUGAUGCCUUAUCAGAGAGAAGCAGUCAUGUAAGCAUUAUUACAAUCUGUGGAAAGCAAAUUGAAGGUGAGGACACCGAAGAGGACGGAGAUAUGGUGGUAUGUCCACUCCAGGGAUACCUUUUUGGCUCUCCAAUUGAAGUGCCUGAAACAAGCACAGAGUUAAAGAAAGAAAGGACCACACUGGGUCAGCUGUUUAAGAGGACGGAUAUGAUGUAUGACAAUUCCACAGAUAAAUGUGAAAAGGGGGAGAAUCAUGCCAAGCGAACAUACGCCACAUGUUUCAUCAAGAAGAUGCUAAAGAGGCUCCAGUUUUGUUCAACAGGCCAGGCAGCUUCUGCUGCUAGUAGUGCAGCUGCUGAUGCUGUUUCAACCAAGAGGAAACUCCCUAAGGUUCUAAGAAUGUUACACAAAAAAGUCCAUCCAGAAAGAUCAGCAGCAGAGAAAGAGUACACCAAGUCCCAUAAAUAUGAUGUCAGUAAAAAUUCCAUUGAUGGUGGCUAUAAUAAGGGAGGUCUGACUCUCCAGAAAAAAAUCAACACCAGGUCUCCUCUCAGAGGUAUGUCAAAGAAGGAAGUAACCAACUGGGACCUAAGCCAUAAGAGCCUCAGCAGCAGUGGUUUGACUCAGAAGAAGGAGCAUUGGAUCAAAACAGACGCAGACUACUUGGUCUUAGAGCUCUAAAGCAGCAGAAGCUGAAAGAAGUGGCAAUUAGCCGUUAUCUUUUUCUCAGUAAAAACUGUUAUGUGGUGUUCAGUGAUGUUAUGUGUGUUGGUGAGUACUCAGCUAGUUUUGAGUCAUGAGAGUGAUGAUGGCCUCAAGCAAACAUAGGAAAAUAAAAGAUGCAUCUCUAUCACCUUGCUUAGUGUGAUAUCAAUGUUGUGGUUUUCAGAAUUAACUUUCAGCGUGUCCUAAUUAGUAUGAAUAAUUUCAGUUGUCUGUCA